AUGCUUAGUUUAGAUCAGGAACAAAUACCGUACAAUCCAGUCUUAGUCAAUUCAAACUCGGACGCAGAUUUGAACUACGGAGUCGACAUAAACUCACCGUCUUUGCACUCAAUGUAUCAUUCGUUUUCUAAUGUAAUGCCACCUGAAGUUAACAUUAGAAACGCGAAUAAUGUCGAGCAACAGACACUUGCGCAACAAGAGAAACACAUUAAGAGGCCUAUGAACGCGUUCAUGGUGUGGGCACGUGACAAACGGAAGUUGAUUUCCCAAGAGAAUCCAAAGAUGCACAAUUCAGAGAUUUCGAAGAUGCUCGGUGUAAUGUGGAAGAAGCUCACCGACGAAGAUAAAGUUCCUUACAUCGAGAAAUCGAAGCGUCUGCGUCUUCAGCUCCUAAGGGAUCAUCCGGAUUACAAGUAUCGGCCUCGAAGAAAGGUCAAAACAGUACCAAUGGCAAAUCAAUAUGCCAUGGGCUUACCUCCGACACAUCGCACUAGUUUUCCUAUCUCGCCUGUUUAUGGUGCGCCGAUCGUCAAUCCUUCGAUCAUAUCUCAUACACUGCAGCCCUAUAAUUAUCCGUAUCACAGGACUCUCCGUUUUAAGUUCAGAGACCCAGAUAUGUUGUCCACGUCAAUGGUUUCGGCUGAUGGCAACAACAACGCGUCUUUGGACGUCAAUAGCUUGUAUCAACUUUACUCGAUGGCACCGGCAGUUGGUAAUUCGACAUUGGCGCAGCAUCACCUGAACCCGUUCUUCUCGACCAGCCAUCAUACAUUAGGAACUAACAGUCUCCAUUCCCAUCUGGUGUUGCCCUCGACAUCCGAAGGUACAGGAAGCGAUAAAUCCGUCAACAAUUGUGAUACCAACCCAUCACCAUCUUCAUCAUCGAUGCACUCGCUUGAAGCACUGACACAAUCUGGGCCAUCUACGUCGGAUCCUGAUUGGUUUCAUAGAUAUAAUUCGGCUCCGUUUUCACGAUGAAAUAUGAAGAUAUAUAAUUCGGGUUUUAUCGGGUCAUUAUCAUGUACCUGCAAAAAACAAUACAUUUGAUAAUAAAGUUAUUCUUAUGAACUACACACAUAAUA